AUGGCAAAUGCUCGGUACUUCCCAAUUUUGCUUUACUGUUUCCCAGAUAAUCUUUUGUUCUUAACUGUUUAUAAAGGAAGGAAGAAGAAGACGAUCGAGUAUUUUGCCUGCAAGAGCGUGGAAAAAUCGCACAAGGGAAAGGUUCUUCAAGAGGUCAGGAUUCUUCACUCCCUGAAUCAUCCCAAUGUACUGAAGUUUUAUGCAUGGUAUGAAACUUCAGCUCACAUGUGGUUAGUUCUCGAAUACUGUGUUGGUGGCGAUCUCAGAACCUUACUGCAACAGGACUCCAAACUGCCAGAAGAUUCCAUCCAUGGCCUUGCCUAUGAUCUUGUCACAGCUUUGUUAUACUUGCAUUCGAAAGGAAUCAUAUAUUGUGAUCUGAAACCAUCAAACAUCUUACUUGAUGAGAAUGGACAUAUCAAGCUGUGUGAUUUCGGACUGGCAAGGAAACUGGAUGACAUUUCCAAAUCUCCUUCCACGGGAAAACGUGGUACACCUUAUUAUAUGGCUCCAGAGCUGUACGAGGAUGGAGGGGUCCAUUCUUUUGCUUCUGACUUAUGGGCACUUGGCUGCGUGCUCUAUGAAUGUUACACAGGGAGGCCUCCUUUUGUGGCUAGAGAAUUUACUCAGCUUGUGAAAUCAAUCCAUUCAGAGAAAACACCUCCUUUAACAGGAAAUCCAAGCCGUUCAUUCGUGAAUCUUAUUGAUUCUCUUCUUGUCAAAGAUCCAGCUCAAAGAAUACAAUGGCCAGAGCUCUGCAGUCAUGCAUUUUGGAGAAGUAAGAUUAAUGUAGUGCCAUUGCCUCCUCAGCCUUCUUUUGAUAAUAUGAUUGGAAUAUAUACAAAACCAUGUCUAUCUGAGCGUAACGGGGAGCGACCAAACAAGACCCCUCCAAAAUAUCGGGAGAAAGAUGCAAAAGGAGGUUCAAAACACGAUGAGAACUCUAUUUCAGGUUCGAGAGGGCAUCAGACACCAGUCAAGGGUACACCAGGUGGUUCUAAAACACAAACAAAGCUUCCUAGCAAGGCAAAUGAGGAAAAACAAGGAGGUCGUCUGGGUGCUACCAGGCAGGUGAAUAUCUUGAGGUUGUCAAGAAUCGCAAAAACAAAUUUGCAAAAGGAGAAUGAGAAGGAAAACUAUCGGAGGCACUUACCUAAUAGCAAUGAAAAUUGUGCCGAGGUCAAGAUUGAGAACACUGACAUGGAGCUUGAUUUUGAGGAAAACAAUGAUGAAGAGGGACACGAUGAAUCAGAUGGACCUGAGAGCACCGCCUCUGCACUUAAUGAAAGACCUUCAAGCCGAAAUGGAAAUCAGGCAGGACAGGAAGCAAUAAGCAAUAAUGUGCCAGUUGAUGACGCGUCCACUAAUGAAACACCAGCCUUGAGUGAAGCCGGAGACUGUCGCGAAGAACAACCAUCUGAGCCCAUUGAAGUUGCUGCCCUACCGAGUGCUAGUCCUCAACUUAAAACUCACCGUGGCAGAGACGUUAGUGGGUUCGCUAUUAAUCCCGAUUCUGCUAGAUCAUCUAAUAGCCUUUCAGACAUCUUUUGGCAUAUAUCUGAUCUUGCUGUUAGACCUGUGGUGCCCAGCAGGAAAUCUGACAGAGAAGCUAUGCCUUCUUUUCCAUUUGAAGCACCACAGGCAUCUGAUUUCAUUAAGAUGUCAAGACAAGAGCUGGAGCCACUCACCAAUAGGAUCAUAACUAUUUUAACUGGUAGCAGUGCUGGCAUUUCAGAGAAACAGAAUGUGAUCAGAUACCUUGAGACAUUGAGUAGCAAUGCUGAUGCAGCCAAUACCUUGACCAAUGGACCAAUCAUGCUUGUGCUUGUUAAAGUUCUCCGAUUGUCUAAGACCCCAGCUUUCCGGGUCUUACUCGCUUCAUUAAUUGGUUUGUUAAUUCGACAUUCUACUGUUAUAGAGGAUGACCUGGCAAAUUCUGGAAUUAUAGAUUCUCUCACAAAUGGCCUCAGAGACAAGCAUGAAAAAGUAAGAAGGUUUUCCAUGGCUGCUCUAGGUGAAUUGCUAUUCUACAUUUCUACUCAAAAUGAGCAGAACAAGGAUUUGAAACCAGCAGAAUCCCCAUCGAAGGAAAACCGGUUAUCAUCUGGCUGGCAGGUUAGCUUCCUGUGA